CCGUGCCCGGAAGGCGGGGGUCACGUGCCCGGAAGCCGGAACAGGACUGGAGAAGAAAACAAGGCACAGCUGGGCCCGGGCCUCCUCCGCCGCCUCCCCGCAUGUGACGGGAGCGGCCUCCCUCCGCCGGACGCGAGAGCACGCGAGGCCGCCGCCGGGCCAGCCAUGGGGUGCUGCUACAGCAGCGAGAACGAGGCCUCGAGCGAGGGGGAGGAGUCGAAGCCCCUCCUGCAGCCUGCCACCAGCCCACCAAACAAGUCCCUGAACGGCACAGAAUCCAAUUGCUACAGCCUGCCUUCAGCCCGAACAGAUGAGCAAGCUCUGCUGUCGUCCAUCCUGGCCAAGACAGCCAUCAACAUCAUCGAUGUUUCGGCUGCGGACUCGCAAGGCAUGGAACAACAUGAGUACAUGGACAGGGCUCGGCAGUACAGCACGCGCCUGGCAAUGCUGAGCAACAGCCUGAUGCACUGGAAGAAGCUCCCGCCCCUCCCUGGGCUACUGACCAACCAGCCGCACCAAGUGCUUGCCAGCGACCCCGUGCCCUUCGCGGACUUGCAGCAGGUCUCUCGGAUAGCCGCGUACGCCUUCAGUGCCCUGUCCCAGAUCCGGGUGGACGCGAAAGAAGAGCUGGUUGUGCAGUUCGGGAUCCCGUGAUGCCAAUUCUGCCGCCCGCCCGCCCCCGGCCCCCCUUCCGUUUUUAUUUCUUUUCCUCGAUUGGCUCGUCUCCGCAGCAGAGUUUGUCCGGAAUUCAGUACACGGGAUCUCCUGCUCCUUGCCACAGAGAUGCUCACGGGCGGCCAGCAGGCCACCCCCUUCUCACGUACCCCCUGCUGUUGGUGCCCCGGGUGAGGGGUGGGGGGCACGUGGGCAGGCCAGUCCGUGCAGGGCUGGAGGAGGAUGUCGGGGGGUGGGGGGGGUGGCGGCUCAGCGCACGGGGGCUUGCUUAACUCGACUCAUAGGAAGUACGGAUCUUGCAUCACAGUGAUUGCCACCGAAACACUUGCUGGGGUGGGGGGAAGGGCACAGCCACUCAGUAAUUUGGGGAAGCCCCCAUGGCUCGAGAGGUUCCCCUUUGGCUUGGCCUGACGGCUGAAAUUUUAACCUCUUGGGGAUGGGAAGGAGGGACCGUCACUUCUCACCGCGCGUCCAUUUGUUUUUCCUCUCCGCUGCCAUUCUCUUUGGGGCUUUUAGGAUAUAUGGGAGGGUGACCUUGGAUUUUUUCUUUUUUAAAUUAAGGACCGGCCCCGCAGUUGAAGGACGGCGCUCCCGUCUCUUUCUCCGUGCGGAACCCUCUGCCCCGGUCUACACGGCUGAGCUGUCGUUUUGUUUUAACUCUUUGUUUUUUUUGCUAAAAGUAGAUAUAAAAUAUAAAUACGUUCAUCCACGCCAA